AGGUGAGACUCCGUGCGCUCCUGCAGCGGCUUCCGCGGCUGUCUGAAGCAAGAAGAGGGAGGGGCAGCGCAGGCCCGGCUGGCGGCAGUAUCUUUUGAGAAUCCACUUGGUCCAGUAUGGCUUUGAUUAGCCACAAAAGUUUCCAGUUUUAUGCAUCCAGCACACCAGCAAGCAGGUCCAUUUUGAUGAUCUUAAGCAAAAGGUUGAGCUUUAUCGGUGGGCAACUAAAGCCCCAAAACUGUAACUCCAUAGCCAUGAAGAUGAUAUAUUUCCAAGAUAAAUCUCACUAUAUGUUUUUUAGAAAAAAUCAUAUCCAACUGCGGGUACAGUCUCUUUCUGCUAAUGAAACUGUGCAUCUUUUUGGAGAUAGUGGGAACAGUACUAAAUGUAAUAACGUGUGGAUGGAUGAACAACUAUUUUUUGGGAAGUUAAACAGCCUUUGUACAUCAAAAGAGAUUUUUUACUUUCUGAGGUCUCUAGAAGUCAUGUCUGAUACUAUGGCAUCAGGAGCCCUGCAGAGGAUUUCUGAAAUUGAGGUGGAUGAUAAUGGUCUGAAGAACCCUGAAAGAGUGUUAGAAAAUGAAAUUUUCAGGGCAUUGUGCUUCCAGUUUGAAAUUGAAUCCUCAAAACUGUCAAACAGGGGGCUGCUGAAUGCAUUGCAAGCUUUGAUAAAACUACGUAUAGAUCCACAGAGUACACUGAUGGUAACCUUGCUUUCAGAGAGUGAGGAACGGCUUGGUAAAGGACAGCUAACUGUUAAAAAUCUGUGUGCUCUUGGAGAGAGUUUGCUUGAGCUGGAAGGCCCAAAUUGUGUAAUGCUGGAACAAGUUGUGAACCAUAUGCGAGAAAAAGACAUUGAGAAAUGGAGUCCCAGGGAAAUAGCAAUGACUUAUAAGAUGCUGCAGAUGGCCACUGGGGAAGUGGAACAAUACCAAGACUUGCUAAACAGACUGAACAAUGUCACUUUACUUGUAGUUUCCCAGCUAAGCCCAGAGCUCACAAGCAUAAUACUGAAUUCACUGAUUGUUCUUCAUCAGGCUCAGGCAGUUUCCUUAGUCACAGCACUGUGUAAACAUUCUGUGAAGCAUAUUCCACAUUUCACAGAUGAUGAACUGAUAUGUGUACUGGAAGCCUUCCUAUAUUUUGGACAUAGUGAACAAUUUUUUACAGAAGCACUGGAAACACAUGUCCACAAGUCCAUCUUUACUAUGCAUCCUCAAACAGUCAGCCAAGUAAUGCAUUUUUGCUGCCAAAAGAUGAUCCUUUCUAAGCCCAUCUUUGAUGCAGUGGCACAAAGUUUCAUUUCCAAUGCUGAGAGGUUUACCACUGACCAGAUUGCUGCAUGUAUUAUACCAUUUGGGACUCUUAACUAUGUGCCUCCCAGUGCUUCUUCCUUGUUUAGGAAGGUUGAAACCAUACUGCAUACUCACCUUAGUCACUUUAAGCCUCACACCUUGUUGAAACUGCUGCACUCAUGUGUCCUUAUUCAACGUUAUCCAGUAAAUUUUCUGCCAAAAGUUUUUAGUCCCUAUUUUCUGCAACAGCUUCAAGCUCAACCACCUGGUUUGGACAGAAAUGUUACCUCCCAGCUAACCCAGCUUUUUCUUACUGUCACUCUGGAGUGCCCAUUUUAUGAGGGUCCUAAACUCCUUCCAAAGUACAAAGUAAAGGCCUUUCUCAUGCGUCACAGUUCUUUGGAUGUUCACCUCCUCAAAAGGGUGAAGACUGGAUUACUUUAUUUACUGAAAAAAAGAAUGUAUUUUGCAUCAGAGGUAUCCACACCAUAUUUCUAUUCAGUUGACAUUGAGAUUAAAUUAGAUGAAGAAGGUUUUAUAUUGCCUGCUGCUCAAUGUGAAGAGGUACACAGACGAAUUGCCCUCUGUGUUAACGGUCCAAAUAGAUUUUGCGUUAAUAGCCACAAUCUGUUGGGAGAAGAAGCAAUUAAACAGAGACAUCUUCAGUUACUCGGUUAUGAAGUUGUGCAGAUUCCAUUUUUUGAGGUAGAGAGUCUACAAAAUUGCAGAAAAAUGGCAGAAUAUCUACACAAAAAAAUCUUUCCUCAUACAUACAGACUCAGCUGCUGACACUGGAGAACAAUACUUAAUCACAGCUUGACCUCCUGUAUUAUAAAGUGUAAAUAUUAUGCACAGAAGAACAAUUCUGUUUUCUAAGUAACUAUCUAAGCUAAUUUGAGCUUCUGAUGUGUGAUUGUCUGAUAUUUGGAACAAUUGACAUGUAAAGAGUAAUAAAGAGCAACAUAUUUUGUUAA